AUGCCGGUUGAUGCAGGGAUGUGGGUGCCAGCAGUGAAGAUGGAAGCAGAGUUCUCUGAGGAGGAAGGGUCUCCUUUGGAGGAAGGGCAGAGGGCUCAGGCCCAGGAAGGUACCCGAGAUGCCCUCUCAGGUGCAGAAGGUGAUCAGAGGAAUGAGGAGGAUGAGAAACUGCAUUGUCUAUCACCAGAUGAAGUCAAGAAAGAAGACUUGAGAGGAAACUUCAGGAAUCAAGGCAGACCCAAGAGGCAGAAAGGAAGCUAUAUAGUCGAGAAGAGGGAUCAACCCGUUCCUUCCCAAGGGAGGGAUUUUCGUGAAGUAAUUCAAAUGGUGGAAGAAACCUACAGUUGCUUGGAGUGUGGCAUAAACUUCUCAGAUCAAACCCAAUAUAAUAUCCAUUUGCAAAUGCACAAUGGAAAGAAGACCCAUCAAUGCCUGGAGUAUGGAGAGAGCUUUCUUUGCAAACCAGAACUCCUUAAACAUCAACAAACACAUGCAGGAGAGAAACAUUAUAGCUACUCAAACUGUGGUGAGAGUUUCUCACAGAAAUCAGAUCUUCUUAUACACCAAAGAAUUCAUUCAGGAGAGAAGCCAUUUCACUGUUUAGAGAAUGGAAUAAAAUCCCCUGAUGGAAGACAGGGAAGUCUACAUUUCCCAAGGAACAUGAUAACGAAGGCAUGUAAAUGCUUUCAGUGUGGAAGGUACUUUAAAUACAGAUCACAACUCCUUGUGCACCAAAGAACUCACACAGGGGAGAAACCUUUUGAAUGCUCAGAGUGUGGAAAAAAAUUCAGUGUGGUUGGCAGUCUUCAACUGCAUCAGAGAAUCCACACAGGGGAGAAACCUUUUCAGUGCACUGAGUGUGAAAAGCGAUUUCAUUAUAGUAGCAAUUUUCAACGGCAUCUAAGAACCCACACAAAGGAGAAACCAUUUGAAUGCUCAGAGUGUGGAAAAAAAUUCAGUGUGGUUGGCAGUCUUCAACUGCAUCAGAGAAUCCACACAGGGGAGAAACCUUUUGAAUGCUCAAAGUGUGGAAAGAGAUUCAAUAAGAGCAGCCAUCUUCAAGAACAUCAAAAAACUCACUCAGGGGUGAAACCUCAACAGCACCUUAGAAUCCACACAGGGGAGAAACCUUUUGAAUGCUCUGAGUGUGGAAAGAGAUUCAGUCAAAGACAUAGUCUUACAAAGCACUUAAGAAUCCACACAGGGGAGAAACCUUUUGAAUGCUCUGAGUGUGGAAAGCGAUUGUGUGACAGUAGCAAUUUUCAACGGCAUCUAAGAACCCACACAAAGGAGAAACCAUUUGAAUGCUCAGAAUGUGGAAAGAAAUUCAGUCAGAACAGCCAUCUGCAACAGCACCUAAGAACCCACACAGGUGAAAAACCUUUUGAAUGCUCAGAGUGUGGAAAGAGAUUCAGGUUGAGUGGCAGUCUUCAACAGCAUCUUAGAACCCACACAGGGGAGAAACCUUUUGAAUGUUCCGAGUGUGGAAAGAGAUUCAGGUUGAGUGGCAGUCUUCAACAGCAUCUUAGAACUCACACAGGGGAGAAACCUUUUGAAUGUUCGGAGUGUGGAAAGAGAUUCCGGUUGAGUGGCAGUCUUCAACAGCAUUUUAGAACCCAUACAGGUGAGAAGCCUUUUGAAUGUUUAGAGUGUGGAAAGACAUUCAGGUCGACUGGCAGUCUUCAACAGCAUCUUAGAACCCAUACAGGGGAGAAAUGUUUUGAAUGCUCAGAGUGUCGAAAGAGAUUCCGGUUGAGUGGUGAUCUUCAAAAGCACCUAAGAAUCCACACAGGGGAGAAACCUUUUGAAUGCUCAGAGUGUGGAAAGCGAUUUUGUUACAGUAGCAAUUUCCAGCGGCAUCUAAGAACCCACACAAAGGAGAAACCUUUUGAAUGCUCAGAGUGUGGAAAGAAAUUCAAUCAGAGCAGCCAUCUUCAAGAACAUCAAAGAACACACACAGGGGAGAAACCUUUUGAAUGCUCAGAGUGUGGAAAGAGAUUCAGGUUGAAUAGCCAUCUUCACAAGCAUUUGAGAACUCACACAGGAAGAAACCUUUUGAGUGCUCACAGCCAGCUGAUCAGCGACUGGGAUUUUUGGGACCUCUGCCUCCACCAGGGUUAUGACAACCCUAUUUGGGGGUGA